GGGAGGGUGGGCGCCCUUCAGGUCCCGGCGCGCGGGCUGGGCCGACUCGAGGACGGCGGGCGGCGGGAGGAGGGCCGGGGGAGGUCAGAGGACCUCCUGGGACUGGGGCUGCGCAAGCUCGGAGCUCGGCGCCCCGCCCGCCGCGCAUGGGUGUCCCGGGCCUGCAGGCCGCGCUGCGGAGAGCCUGGGGACGGUGGCCGGCGCGCCCCGGCCCGCGCGCGCCCGGCCUACCCAUCAUGGCCGGGAAGGAGAUGCACCCAGCACGGGCCUCACACCAGCAGGACAGAAAGGCCCGAGGUGGCUGGAUCUGGGAGGACGCACAGUACCCGCCCAAGAGGCUCAGGGGCAGCGAGGAUGAGGAGCGGCCAAGAAAACUGCCCAAGCGCAAGAUUGUACUGCUCAUGGCCUACUCAGGGAAGGGCUACCAUGGCAUGCAGAGGAAUGUGGGGUCCUCACAGUUCAAGACAAUCGAGGAUGACCUGGUAUCUGCCCUGGUCCAGGCAGGCUGCAUUCCUGAGAAUCACGGGGAAGAUAUGAGGAAAAUGUCUUUCCAGCGUUGUGCCCGCACUGACAAGGGUGUGUCUGCAGCUGGCCAGGUAGUGUCCCUGAAGGUGUGGCUGAUUGAUGACAUUCUAGACAAGAUCAACAGCCACCUUCCCUCCCACAUCAGGAUUUUGGGGCUGAAGAGGGUCACGGGUGGGUUCAACUCCAAGAACAAGUGUGAUGCCAGAACCUACCUGUACAUGCUGCCCACCUUUGCCUUCGCCCACAAGGACCGCGACGUGCAGGACGAGACCUAUCGCCUGAGCCCAGAGACCCUGCGGCUCGUCAAUAGACUCCUGUCCUGCUACAAGGGCACCCACAGCUUCCACAACUUCACCUCGCAGAAGGGGCCGCGGGAGCCCAGUGCCCGGCGCUACAUCCUGGACAUGUACUGCGAGGAGCCCUUCCUGCGCGAGGGCCUGGAGUUUGCUGUCAUCAAGGUGAAGGGCCAGAGCUUCAUGAUGCACCAGAUUCGGAAGAUGGUGGGCCUGGUGGUGGCCAUCGUGAAGGGCUACGCCCCGGAGAGCGUGCUGGAGCGUAGCUGGGGGGAGGAGAAGGUGGAUGUGCCCAAAGCGCCAGGGCUUGGCCUAGUCCUGGAGAGGGUGCACUUCGAGAAGUACAACCAGCGCUUUGGCGGUGAUGGGCUGCACGAGCCCUUGGACUGGGCACAGGAGGAGGGGAAGGUGGCGGCCUUCAAGGAGCAGCAUAUCUACCCCACCAUCGUCAGCACUGAGCGGGACGAGCGGUCCAUGGCCCAGUGGCUGAGCACCCUGCCCGUCCACGAUUUCAGUGCCACUGCACUUGCGGCGGCCCGGACAGGCACCAAGGUCCCCAGUCCCCUGGACGGCAGCGAAGGGGAAGGGGACGGAGACACUGACUGAGGCUGUGGGGCUGGAGGUAAGAUGGUGCAGCUUGCCUGCUGUGAGCACCGGGAGCCCAGAGCUGCCUCAGGAUGCUGUCUCCAGUCCCCAUCUCAGGAGUGCCGCCUAGCCAUCUCUGCUCCAGCUCCCUGUGCAUGCCUUGGCACGUGAAGACACUAUUUUUUAAAAGAAGCAAUUUUCUUAUUAAAUAAGUAUGUUUUGCUUAGUGA